CUACACACAAACAAGAUGGCCAAAGUGAAAACACAUCAAAAGCUUGCUGCAGUGAAGAAACGCCUUAAUUUAAAAGACCAGAGGAUACGAAAGAAAGACAGAUUGAGUAAAAAGCGAAAGAAAAAGGAUCCCCAAAACAUGUCCGUGAGGGAACUACCCCAGGCUUCAUCUGCCCUGUUCUUCAAAUAUAACACACAGCUGGGUCCUCCUUAUCACAUCCUCGUUGACACCAACUUCAUCAAUUUCUCCAUCAAGAACAAGCUGGAUAUUGUUCAGUCCAUGAUGGACUGUCUGUAUGCCAAAUGUAUUCCCUACAUUACUGACUGUGUGAUGGCAGAGUUGGAGAAGCUUGGCAGUAAAUACAGAGUCGCACUAAGGAUUGCCAAAGACGAGAGAUUUCAGAGACUGCCAUGUCUACACAAAGGAACUUAUGCUGAUGACUGUCUUGUACAGAGGAUAACACAGCAUAAGUGUUAUAUCAUAGCAACAUGUGAUAAAGAUCUUAAAAGAAGGAUACGAAAGAUUCCUGGUGUACCCAUCAUGUACCUACAGCAGCGCAGGUACUCCAUAGAAAGAAUGCCCGAUGCUUUUGGAGCCCCAAAGACAUGAUACUUUUCAUUUAUUUUGAAAUCAAUAAAAACAAGAAAAAACUUGUCA